CUGGAUGUCUCUCGGGAGUAUCAAACUACCACGUCUGCAGAGAGGAGAGAGGGGAUGAGGAGAAGGGAGCAAAAUAAACCGACCGUAGGGUAGACGAGAGAGGACAGGAGGAGUGAGGACCGGCCGGGACGACUGGGGCAAGUCCGCCAUCUGAAUUUGGACUUAAAUUACGCACGGGCCCAUCUCAGACUUCCUGCUCCCAGCAAGUACAAGAAGAAUGCACAAACAAGACAAAUAGCUCUGAUGGUUUAGGAAACUUAGGGCGAAGUUGCAGAGACGCACAGAGAAGCUCACGUCUUGGCACUUUGCGCAAAAAAGGCGCGCAUGGAUGUUUCUCCUCGUCCACAGAUCAUGUUCUGACAAGAAGUUCAGAUAAGAGUGGGAGAACCGUUUUGAGGGAGAGCGAUCCGGUUUUUAUAUCUUUUUUUUUAUUUUUUUGACAAUCGAGUGAUGAUGGCACCAGAGCUGAAGCCGCUGGUCCGACUGCUGCUGCUGGCGGUGGUGUGGGAGCUGAGCGCGCAGGGAGCGACGGAGCGACAGAUCAACCCAGAGUCGUGGCUGCAGCAGUACGGCUACCUGCCCCCGGGCGACUUGAGGACCCACACGCUCCGCUCCCCUCACUCCAUCCCCUCGGCCAUCGCCGCCAUGCAGAGGUUCUACGGACUCACCAUCACCGGCACCUUCGAUGAGAACACAAUUGCGGCCAUGAAGCGAGCGCGCUGCGGCGUUCCUGACAAGUUCGGCGCCGAGCUGAAGACCAAUCUGAGAAGGAAGCGAUACGCCAUUCAGGGUCUCAAGUGGAACAAGAAUGAAAUCACUUUCUCUAUACAGAACUACACCCCAAAAGUGGGCGAGUACGAGACCCACGAGGCCAUCAGGAAGGCCUUCAAGGUGUGGGAGAGCGUCACGCCGCUCCGCUUCCGGGAAAUCCCCUACAGCUACAUCAGGGACAAGGUGGAGGAGUUCGCCGACAUCAUGAUCUUCUUCGCCGAGGGUUUCCACGGCGACAGCAGCCCUUUCGACGGCGAAGGGGGCUUCCUGGCACACGCCUAUUUCCCCGGUAACGGCAUCGGCGGAGACACCCACUUCGAUGCGGCCGAGCCGUGGACGAUCGGAAACCGGGAUCUGUUAGGAAAUGACGUCUUCCUGGUGGCGGUGCAUGAGCUGGGCCAUGCUCUGGGUCUUGAGCACUCCAAUGAUCCCUCGGCCAUCAUGGCCCCUUUUUACCAGUGGAUGGACACAGAUAACUUCAUCCUUCCUGAUGACGACCGCAGAGGCAUUCAACAACUAUAUGGGUCUGGAUCAGGCCCCCAGCCGCCCCCUGUAACGCCACGUAUACCGAACAACAACCCCGAUCCCACAUACUCACCAGACAAGCCCCGCUUUGGCCCCAACAUCUGUGACGGUCACUUCGACACGAUUGCAAUCCUCAGAGGAGAAAUGUUUGUAUUCAAGGAUAAAUGGUUCUGGCGAGUCCGUAACAACCACGUGUUGGACGGCUAUCCCAUGCCGAUCGGUCACUUCUGGAGAGGGUUGCCCACUCAUAUCAAUGCUGCUUUUGAAAGGGAAGAUGGAAAAUUUGCCUUCUUUAAAGGGGACAGGUAUUGGGUCUUUAGUGAAUCUAUUCUGGACUCCGGCUAUCCCAGGAGUCUUAAAGAAAUGGGCACCGGGCUUCCAAAAGAUCGGAUAGAUGCCGCUCUCUUCUACACUCCCACUGGACAGACGUUUUACUUCAGAGCAAACAAGUAUUAUCGUUUUAACGAAGACUCCCGAACAGUUGACGACGGCUAUCCAAAAUCAGUCAGCGUCUGGCAGGGCGUGCCUGACAACAUCAAGUCAGCCUUCAUGAGCAAAGACCAAGCUUACACAUAUUUCUACAAAGCCAAUAAGUACUGGAAGUUUAACAACCAGAUGAUGAGAGUGGAGCCCGGAUACCCCAAAUCGGCCCUGCGCGACUGGAUGGGCUGCCCCAACGAAGACCCCAAGACCGACGGAGGAAGAGGCGGCGGCGGACACGACAAAGACAAGGAGAGGGACAAGGAGAGAGAGAGGGAGCGAGAGAGGGAGAGGGAAAGGGAGAGGGAGCGAGAGAGGGAGAGAGAGAGGGAGAGAGAAAGAGAGAGAGAGCGGGAGAGGGAGAGGGAGGAUUAUGACAGAACUAGAGACAGAGAGAGAGAGAGGGAGAGGGAGAGAGAGACAGAAGAGGAGGUGGACGUGACCAUUAUUAAGACAGAGGAAGGCAGCGGAGCCGCGGCGGUGGUCGUGCCACUGUUCCUGUUAGUGUGUGUGAUCGCCACGCUGGCCGCCUUGGUGUUUUUCCGUCGGUACGGUACCCCACGCCGACUCCUCUACUGCCAACGAUCUCUACUGGACAAGGUUUAGAUGAAGGAGGAGCAGGAGAGAGAGAGAGAGGGGGAAGGGAGAACAAAAGAAAGAAAACCUGAAGGAAAUAUUGCAAACAGAUAGCAGAGGGGGGAAAAAUAGCAAGGGGAAAAGUGCCAGACUUGCCUUCUAAACAUUCGAACCUCUGCCAGAUCGUUUUUACAUCGUUUCUCAACCACUCAGUCCUUCUGUUUUUUUUUCCUUUUUCUCCCGUCCUGUUUCUACCUCUCUUUUUGUGGUCACUGACGCCAGCUCAUUGCUGUUUGUUUUAGCCUUUUUCAAAGUCUUAUUUUUAGUUUUUUUUUUCCUGUGGUCAGUGUUUGUGUCCCUGUCGAUUUCCACUUUGAAUCUGCAUUUUCAAAACGCCCAUUAAAGCAUGUUUCUUCAUGUAAGCAAACACCAUGUUUGAUCGUUCAAACCCCCCUCCCCCCCAUUAACUUGCUCACAGUCAUUUAAACACACACACACACACACACACACACUCAAAAACCACAAAGACUAUGUCAUUGUGCUUGUUAAUCUUCCAGGAAAGCAACAUGUGAGAUCCAGCGUGGCCCAUAAAAGGGAAAGACAACAUUCGCUUCCAUCUUUCCAAAGCAUGAGAUACACUCCUAUUAGAGUAAAACCAAUAAAUGCGACUGUUCGGUGCCUUUUCCUUCGUAUUUCAAUGUCUUUAGCAUUGAUGAACAUUAUAAAUGAUGUUGUCAUUACUAUUAUGACUAUUACUAUUGUUGUUGUUCUCUGUGUAAAGAAUGUUUUUGUAUAUUGUCAUUAAAAAGUCCUGCUGGACAGUGACAUACAGUUUUGAAAGUGGCCUUAAUUUUAUAUGUGGGAACAGUGAAUGGGGAAAAAGGGGUUAUGUGCUCUUGAAACUUGAUUGUUUUUUUUUUAUACCUUGAAUUCUUUUCAAAUGAAAAUAAAUUGAAGAUCUGAAAAUGACUCCUUUUUGUCAUUGUACUUUUGUACAGCUUCUAAGUCGUGACGCCAUGAAAUUGGUCAGACGUGCCGAGCAGUCAAGCAACAACGAUAAUACUAGUGAUGAUGAUAAUAACAAGCUAUCUUUCUUUGUGAGAUUCUGUGUGUAUACCUAAUCGCUUAUAUUCUAAAGCUUUCUUAUAAAAUAAAGUAAUUUUA